AGGAGCCGCCGCAGCCCGGACCUCCUCUCGGCGCUUCUCCCACUUCGAGCAGCAGCCGGUGGCUCCGCGGAGGAGGCAGGCAGGGAGAUGUCCUCCCCGCAGGUCUCCUCGUCCCGCAGACAGUCAUGCUACCUGUGCGACCUGCCCCGGAUGCCCUGGGCCAUGAUCUGGGACUUCACCGAGCCCGUGUGCCGGGGCUGCGUCAACUACGAGGGCGCGGACCGGAUCGAGUUCGUCAUCGAGACGGCGCGACACCUGAAGCGGGCUCACGGCUUCCAGGAGGGCCGGUCCGCGGCGGGAGGACCGCAGCAGCAGCAGCAGCAGCAGCAGCAGCAGCAGCAGCAGCAGCCCGCCGCGGCCAAGAGCCAGGCGGUGCUGCUGAGCGGGAAGGAGCCGGUGGGGCCGCUGAACCACCACCACCACCCGGCGGACGGACCGGGGAAGUCUCAGCAGCCCGCUCUGGACCGGUACUCGCUGGGAGCGGACAGCCGGGCUCGGUUCGACUACAGCGGCCACAGCAGCAGCAGCAGGCUGCCCAACGGGCUCGGAGGACCGAACGGCUUUAAGGACGACGGACCGCCGGAGCUCAACCGGCAGAGCCCGAACUCCCGGAGCCGGAGCCACGGGGGGCUGGUAUCGGCUCCGGGCCAGAUGAAUGUACCGCCGAACCUGCUGCCGCAGACCCUGCUGAACGGACCGGGCCCGCACAUGGCCGGCAGAGCGCCGCCGCAGAGCUCCAUGGUCGGCGUGCUGAGCGGGCAGGUCGGGCUGGCGGAGCCCGGAGGGAAGCGGCCCGCCUCGGUGUCCAGCACCGACCAGGAGCGGGAGCUGAAGGAGAAGCAGCGCAACGCGGAGGCUCUGGCCGAGCUGAGCGAGAGCCUCCGGAACCGGCAGGAGGAGUGGACCAGCAAGCCGAAGGCGGUGCGCGACACGCUGGUCGCCCUGUCCGGCUGCACGCCGUUCGACGUCCGCUUCAAGAAGGACCACGGGCUGGUGGGCCGCGUGUUCGCCUUCGACGCGGUGUCCAAGCCCGGGAUGGACUACGAGCUGAAGAUCUUCAUCGAGUAUCCGAGCGGCUCCGGGAACGUGUUCUCCAGCGCCUCCGGGGUGGCCAAGCAGAUGUACCAGGACUGCAUGAAGGACUUCGGCCGGGGCCUGUCCUCCGGCUUCAAGUACCUGGAGUACGAGAAGAAGCACGGCUCCGGGGACUGGCGGCUGCUCGGGGAUUUACUGCCGGAGUCGCUGCGCUUCUUCAAGGAGGGCGUGGGGGGAGACAUGCUGCCGCAGCCCUACAUCGACGGCAGCUACCCGCUGCUGCCCACCUCCCUGGUGCUGCCCGGCCGGGCUCUGGCGUCGGGCAGCGGCAGCAGCGGCUCCAGGGCGGCGGUGAGAAAGAGGAAGGCGUCCCCGGAGCCGGACUCGGCGGACGGCGGGCUGAAGCUGACGGAGGAGCAGCAGCGGCAGCAGUGGAUCAACAGCCAGACCGAAGCCCUGAAGCUGUCCAUGGCUGCGGGCUCCUUCGCCGGGCCGCCGCCCCCGCUGGGCCCGGGACACCCCGGGCUCCCCCCCGGCCUCCCCUCCGGCCGCGCCACACCCCCGGAGCCCGCCGCGCCCCCGCAGAACGGACAGUCCCCGAUGGCCGCGCUCAUGUCGGUCGCUGACACGCUCGGGAACGCGCACUCGCCCAACAAGGACCGGGACUCGGUCCACUCCACCACGUCCUCCUCCAGACACAACAGCAGCAGCCCGGUGUCCCCCGCGUCCGUGUCCGGGCAGCGGCGCCUCUCGUCCCGCAACGGGGACCUCGGGCUGCCGGCGCCGUCGCAGUCCUCGGGAGGCAUGGACCAGGUGCACGCCCAGAACGUGCCCGACUCCCCGAUGGCCAACAGCGGGCCUCUGUGCUGCACGAUCUGCCACGAACGCUUGGAGGACACCCACUUCGUGCAGUGUCCGUCCGUCCCCGGCCACAAGUUCUGCUUCCCCUGCUCCAGAGAGAGCAUUAAGGCCCAGGGAGCCUCCGGAGAGGUGUACUGCCCCAGCGGGGAGAAGUGCCCGCUGGUGGGCUCCAACGUGCCCUGGGCCUUCAUGCAGGGGGAGAUAGCCACCAUCCUGGCCGGAGACGUGAAGGUAAAGAAGGAGAGAGACCCGUGA